GGGAUGGGGCGAGGCGCGCGAGAAAGCUCUUAGUAUGCGCCGCGAUGCCCAACUGCAGCCCACGCAUCUCAACUACGGUGAAUUAUGGUGAAAUAUGAGAGACGUGGGAAGAGCCGGCAGCUCAAACACAGUUGGUCGUGAUGAGAUGACACAGCUCGCUGGACAGAUUAGUCAAAUAAGGGGAAGAGGGACAGGAAUGGACUCACGAGCUCAAGGCACCUUUUAAGAGGAGACAAACUGGAUAAAAAACACACACACAUGCGUCUGCGCACCAAGAGAAUCAGGAGCCGGAGCUUCGGGUGAUGUAUGGCCAGCAGAGACGAACUGCUUUAACCGUGGGGACUGAGUUUGGAUCGGACACUUCUGCUGGGUCCAGUUACAUAUCACCACCAGAGGACAGAUUGUAAAUAAGCCUCACAAGUGCCAGUGGAAAUAGCACUUCAUUGGCAGAUCUGCCUGUACCUGAGCCCACGAGUGUGGGGGGUCUUUAUCUCCUCGAGGCCCGAAGUGGCUCCACCCUGUUUGAAAGCUGCAGGUCCCAUCUCCCUCCAGCAUGACGGUUGCUACGAGCGACCCCGCAGAUGAAGCAGCGGCGCAUCCGGGUCAGCCUCACGACCAGUACGACCCAGAGCCAGAUCAUGAGUGCUGUGAGAGGGUCGUCAUCAACAUCUCAGGCUUGCGAUUUGAAACGCAGCUCAAGACCCUCUCCCAGUUUCCGGAGACACUAUUGGGUGAUCCUAAAAAAAGGAUGAGGUAUUUCGAUCCUCUCCGGAAUGAGUACUUUUUUGACCGGAAUCGACCAAGUUUUGAUGCUAUUCUGUAUUAUUAUCAAUCAGGAGGUAGGCUUCGCCGGCCUGUUAAUGUGACCUUGGACAUUUUUUCAGAGGAGAUCCGGUUUUAUGAAUUAGGCGAGGAGGCUAUGGAAAUCUUCAGAGAGGAUGAAGGUUUCAUAAAGGAAGAAGAGCGGCCUCUACCAGAGAACGAAUUUCAGAGACAAGUUUGGCUGCUGUUCGAGUACCCGGAGAGCUCAGGUCCCGCUCGUAUCAUUGCCAUCAUCUCUGUCAUGGUAAUUCUUAUCUCUAUUGUCAGCUUCUGUCUAGAGACACUACCAAUUUUCCGAAAUGAAGAGGAGCAGAUUUACAAAUAUUCAUCCCAGUCCUUGUACAACACCACCUCUACCACUGACAGCUCGACAUAUUUUACAGAACCCUUCUUCAUCGUGGAGACCCUCUGCAUCAUCUGGUUCUCUUUUGAGUUCCUAGUUAGGUUCUUUGCCUGUCCCAGUAAAGCUGGAUUUUUUGGCAACAUCAUGAAUAUCAUUGAUAUCGUGGCAAUCAUCCCCUACUUUAUCACGCUGGGCACAGAGCUAGCAGAGAGGCCAGAGGACAGCCAGCCAGGCCAACAGGCUAUGUCUCUGGCUAUUCUCCGCGUCAUUCGUCUAGUUAGGGUCUUUCGUAUAUUCAAACUCUCACGUCACUCGAAGGGGCUUCAGAUCUUGGGACAGACUCUGAAGGCCAGCAUGCGUGAGCUGGGUCUCCUCAUCUUCUUCCUGUUUAUUGGUGUGAUCCUUUUCUCUAGUGCUGUCUACUUUGCAGAGGCAGACGAGCCACAUUCCCAGUUCACCAGCAUACCCGAGGCCUUUUGGUGGGCUGUGGUUUCCAUGACCACUGUUGGCUAUGGAGACAUGUACCCGACGACCAUCGGAGGAAAGAUUGUUGGGUCUCUCUGCGCAAUUGCUGGUGUGCUGACUAUUGCCCUGCCCGUACCCGUCAUUGUGUCCAACUUCAACUACUUCUACCACAGAGAGACGGAGGGCGAAGAACAGGCACAGUAUCUCAAUAUCCCAAGUGUGCCUAAAGCCAGCUCAGCUGACGAUCUGAAGAAGAGUGGUCGGAGCGGCAGUGGGUCCACUCUCAGUAAAUCUGAUUAUGUGGAGAUUCAGGAGGCUGUGAACCACAGCACAGAGGACUUCAGGCCAGAGGGCAUGAAAACAGGAAAUUGCACCCUGGCCAACACUAACUAUGUAAAUAUCACUAAGAUGCGUACAGAUGUAUAACGUGAGCUACUGUAGAUGGUUAACCUCAGCUGGGGUCUACUGGGACUGUAACAGGGGAAUGAAGGUGUGACUCCCUGUAUCGACCAACGUAUGGCACCCAAUAUGGGAGUCCAGAGCAGAUGAGUGAGAUUGACUUGGAGAAAAGGUCAUUAGAAAGGACCUUAUAUUCUCCCACAUCCUAUGGACCUAUCAUUGCAUAUCAUAGAACUGCCACCUGUCUUAUUUAAGACAGUCAACAUCUGCAUGGAGUCUUACCUAUAUGACAGUAGUCGUCCUGCUCGCAACAGUAGCCAUAUAGUAGCCUAACCAGUAAUAACCAAUAUUAACAGCAUAAAGGGACCACAAGUUUCUACCUUCUUGCUCAAGCUGCCGUUGGGAGAAGAUGCACGAUAACAACAAUUUAGCUUUUAAAUGUAACUUAAGUUAUUGAUUUGUGAUUAAAAACAGGGCAUACUAUCAGCAUCUAUGAGCAACUUUAAUCUGCAGCUCUAACUGCCAAGGUCCUGACUCAGAGAAAAAACUAACUGGCCAAGAUCACAGCUGUUCUGUCAAGGGAUCAUUUGUUGCUUUCUCUGUGAGAGAAAAAGCCAGAAUGCACUAGCUUUACUCCUUCAGCCCUCGCUAUGUAUUGUCUAGUACAAGCUAGUGGCCUCUCUAGAGACUAACAGAUAAAUGACAAUGCUAUUGUGUAAUUCUGGACCACAAUAGUGCACCACCUUCUUUUUCCUGCUGUUUUUCCUCCUUUGAUGAAGCUCAAGUGGAUUUAUCAUAUAUAUAUAUAUAUAUAUAUGUACUCACCAAGACACUGCCUUUUAUUCCAGCCAGUGCAGGCUAGCAGGACAGAAGAAAUGUCUCUCUAAUCAAAGUGAAUGUCUUAUUUAUAGCUGUGUGUUCAUUUGAUUUGUUGUAAUGCCUUUUUUAAUUAUGUUGAAUGUGUGCUUCUCACCCACAUUUUUAAUGAGUAAUAUGCCCAAUGUAGAAAGAAAGAUUGUGAAUAUUUUUUCUGUAGUGUUUUGAGUGCCUAUUUCUCCAUCCUUUUAACUGUACCUUAAAGUGUUUAGCUGCCUCCCACUCCACUGUAACAGUGAGUGCCAUUUAAUUUGAUACCACUGCCCAGCAUAAAUUGCUGUUCUUGACUUCAUAGCAUUCCAUGUUUGUAGAGAUUGUUCAGAGAGAUUUGGGUUGGGUGAGGUUUAAGUUAGUUGUUUUUGUCAAAGGCUAAUUUCAGCGCAGAUUAACAUGUAUUGCUGCAAAGCUAACUAGGCUGAUGUACAAAUUAAUUCAUUAAGGCUUAUGUAAACCCUAGAAGUUUUAAAUUACCAAAUGCUCGCGAUUAAAGAAGGAGCUCAAUUAUCAACUAAAAUUAACUUAUAAGAUCAUUAGGGUCCAUCUGCCCUCAUACCAGCAAUGCCACAUACUGUAAGCUUGCUUAUGAUCUCCAGAGGCUCAUUAGCAAUACUUUUUUUUUGAUUGAUUGAUUUUACUUAAUCAAACUGAUAAAUCAUUAUAGCUUAGGUUAUGCACUUGCUCCCAUAUUUUUCACCCGUUUAGCAAUAUGCCAAAAUUUGGUAAACUUUGUGUGCCUCUGGAAUGAGUUCAAAACGAAACAGUGUUUUCCCAUGAUUCUAGGUCAGAUAUCAGGUCACCAAAAACAAAUGUACUGCCACCUGGAAUAUAUAUCUUUUCUUAUAAUUUUUUUGUUUUUGUUUUCUUACCUAAUGUAGUUUGAACAGUCAUUCCAUUGGUGCAAUUUGCCCACAUAAUGCAGGAACCUAGACUAAAGUAUAUGUCCUUUAUUACAGAUGCUAUUCUGUUAUUGUAGAGCUGCACGUCCUUUAAAGUAUUCAUUGGAGCAUGCAUUAGUAUGAUACUAAUACUUAAAAGGCAAAUUUACUUAAUGUAUUCCUAUAUUUCUAGAAAUACUGACACUAUGUGCAAUACAUGAAAGACAAGUGUCUUGUUUAACAUGUGAGAGUGAUGCUUUGCAUAUGCAUCUUUUUGCCAUUGCUAUUUAAAAUAUUCUUGAAUCGCGAUCCAUGUGAUUUACCUAGAGAGGGUUGCGUGUCCAUAAGAAGAUCUGUUAUCUGUCUCUAAUGUAAGGAGGAUUGAGAAAAUGACAGCAGGUUAAACAGAAGAGUAAACAGGGAGGCAAGGUGACAUGAGAGUCCAGAGCCACAGAACAGGCACUGCAGUAUGAGUUAACAGUUCAGACGUUAACUAAUGUCCCGCUGCCUUCAGCUUUAUAGUCUUUACGAUCUCAGUCGCGGUCACAGCUCAGUAACAGUGUCUCAUAGUGAAAGCACGACAACAGCUACUAUCUGCUGCCAGCCCAGUGGACGAACAGAGAUUCGAAGAGUUAGUCUGUCUGACUUUUUGCUCAGUCAAGUGUAUCAUAACGCUCCAAAGGACUGUCAGAGUGCCCCUAUCUCUGACAUAUAGGUCCAUCAAGCUCUGUGUAGUGUUGUUUGUGCAUAUGUGUGUGUGUGUGAGAGAGAGAGAGAGAUCAAGUGAGAGAAAGAGAGAGGGACAAAGAGAAUGUGAGAGAAAUGGAGAGCUUUUAGAUCCAAGCUGAGUGUGUAGCUUUUAGAGACAAUGUGGUAACAGUUAUCUAAAACACUGCUCCUCUUGACUCCAGGCCAGAAUGACUCUGGUGCUCUAUGUAUUCUAUUCCAUCUUAGCAUACUGUUUACAGACUGUGAAUAUAACACAUGCAUGUAGUAUUUUAAACAAAACUGAAAGGAAAGUCUCACUACGCUCACUAGAGAUAAGAUCCGAAAGCAUGUGUUGACUUAUGAGAUAAGCUGUAGUAUCAGCCUGAGCCAGUCUCUAGCAGUUGAAGAGAGGAAAUAGAGGGAAAGAGAGGAAAGGUUGGGAUGGAAAGUAUGUAGAUGAAAGUAAGAUAAACACUGCCCACACCCUCUGCUUUUUACUCUGAUGUAUACUUGUAUUUCUCUACACUGUACUGGAACACCUAUGUGACUUUAUGUGACACGAAAGCUUUGUCUGGACUGCCAUAUUUUCCACUCUUGAUACCAAGCACACAACCGAAGUGACACUCUGUCAAGACAGAGACACCCUUUUGGAGAAACCAAGAAGACAGCACAUCAGGAUUUGAACCAAGGAAAAACCAUCUUUGCCAUACUUCACAACACAGACAAGAGGACACUUGACACACACGCCGGACAUUUUGAACACAUACAGCCAGUCUACACACAUGUACACACACUGCCUGUGAACAUAUACCUUUGUGGUGACUUCUGCUGUCAGGACAGACACGUACCUGUGGUUUUCAUCAAACUUAAAGGCCACAAAGUGAAUAGACUCAAACCCACUGCCUGUGGUGAACACACAUAGCCAUGUAAACAAUGUAUCUAAUAGUUACAGCUGCUUUCAAUGAUGUCUUAAAAUGCCUAAAGCUUCAGCUUUAAAAUGAGCUUCUGCCAUGUACAGAUUCCUGUGUGUAGCAGGGAAUCAAAGUGUGUGCUUGCUGAACUAAUCCAAGAAACUAAAGAUGUGUAGAAGGUGAUUUAUCUCUUCGGUUAGUUAGUAUGCUCCAGGGAAAAACAAUGGAAAUUUAUUUUAAAAAUCAUGAAGGAAAUAUAAUUUCUAUGAGAACUUUUAACUUAUUUGUGUCAUCAGACACUGUAUAAUUCAUCUUUGUUUGUUUGUUUGUUUUCACCAUGUUUUUAUAUUUGAUUCUCAUUAUCAGCUCACCUUUGAGCCUCAAACAGUGCAUGGGCUGAGUUUUGACUGAAAUACACAUGCAAGCCUUGGUCAAAUACAUUCUGUCUGUACUGUCUUAAUACAUAUUUACCCCCAGACAGCAUCUUCCACUUACUCUCCUUCCUCUGCCUUCCUCAGCUAUUGCUGGUCAGAAAUGUGUUUGUAUGUGCUUUAGAUAAUCCUCAGCUCCUUCACUGUAUUAUGUUCUCGUGCUGGAUUCUGCUCAGCUAUCUGUAUAAAAACUGUUCUUUUCUACCAUUAUAGGGAAAAGACUGACCCAAGAUGCAAACUGUCUGUUGUUAAAGGAAACAUGGAUCUGAACACUUGCCAUGCCCUUCACAAGGAUUUACAAUGAAUAUAAACUGAUUAAUAGAGACUUUCAUCAUUCAAAAUAAUUGUAAAUUAUAAAACUAUUAUGAAUAAUAAUAAUGGUCUGAUGAUUAUAUCAAUAAUAACAUCUUUACAAUAACCUCAA